AAGACUUUGAUUCGCUUGAAUAGGCAGCAGUUAAAUGGGAGAAAGUAAAUAUAGUUUAAUUUCACACAAAAAAAAGAAUAGUGUUUUUUUUUUAUUUUUAGAUAUAUUUGGAUACAGUGUGUAUAGAGGUUAGUUAUUUCACUCAUGUGACUAUAUAACGGUUGAUUAUAGCUCCGUGGCCGGUUUUUGAAUAUUCAUUGAAAAGCAACGGGAGUUCUCGGUUUACGACGGAGUAAGUGCGUGCGUGCGCGUGGGAACGGUAGCAAGAUGGCGGCGCUGAAGGAGGAGCAGUGCUACGGACUGUCCUGUGGAAGAGUGAGCAACGGUAGUAAUGUCUCCGUCUUUCACGUUAAACUCACUGACAGCGCAUUGAGAGCGUUUGAAGGCUAUCAGAGCAGCAAGGUCCUGUCUUCACGACCAUUGAUCAGAUUUAAUGGAAACCAAGGGAAAAUUUCAAUACCACGGUCAGAAAAUUCUAGUGAACUGCAAACAUUUACUUUCUACCUGUCGAAUGUGGGCAGAGACAACCCCCAGGGCAGCUUUGACUGCAUCCAGCAGUACAUCACCAAUGAAGGGAGCAUUCAGCUGGAUUGUUUGGGUGGAAUCCAGGACAAGAUUACAGUAUGUGCCACAGACGACUCCUACCAGAAGGCCAGGGAAAGUAUGGCCCAGGUUGAGGAGGAGACUCGCAGUAGGAGUGCCAUUGUCAUCAAACCUGGGGGCAGAUACGUAGUAGGUAAGAAGGUUCAGAUCCGGAAACCGGCACCUGGCCUCUCAGAUAUUGCACCAUCACGGAGGACAUCUCGCCCCGUCAUCAUCUCAAGCAGUACACUAAAGAAGGGCACAACGCAGAACAGGCCACUUAGAGAACGUCUCAUUCACCUGCUGGCCCUGAAGCCUUACAAGAAGCCGGAGCUGAUCUUAAGAUUGCAGAAAGACGGCCUCUCACCAUUAGACAAGGACUCCCUGGACAGCCACCUGCAACAGGUAGCAAACCUGAACGGGAGAGACAACACCUUCACAUUGAAGGACUUUUUGUACAAGGAGAUUCAGAAGGACUGGCCAGGCUACACAGAAGGAGACCAGCAGCUUCUAAAGAGAAUCCUCUUUAGGAAGCAGUAUCAGGCCCAGAACAACACCGCCCCUCCUCCUGAGAGCCCACCCAAAGAGCUGGCCAGCAGCUCGCCAUCUCAGAAACGGCCUGCUACUGACUUCAUCGACCCUCUUGUCAACAAAAAGCCCAGAAUAUCACACCUAGCCAACAAGGCUGCAACAGCCCCAGUUAAUGGCAAGCUCAGCUCAUCCAACGGGAAAGGCGAGGUGGGUGGAGCCCCGUCAGGAAUGGCAGUUGCCGUAUCAGACAGUGGCAUGACGUCCAGCUCACAGCAGCUACCUGUGCUGGACAUCCCUCGCCCGUUUGAAGCACUUUCGGACGUCAGUAAUGACUCCAGCCAUAAUGGGCGUGAUUGUGACUCUCAAGAUACAGCGAUGUCUGAGAGACUCGGCCAAGCACUCUUCUUGGGAUCAGCAGGUCUGUCGGCGCCCACCAUCAUCACGUCUUCCCCUGGACACACAGGCCUGAACGUUACUAGGGACAAGAGUCCGUCAUCUUUCAACAACAAGUCAAGGAAGAAGUCCAAAAAGCAUAAAGACAAGGAGAAGACCAAAGACAGAGAGAGAGCAAAAGACAGGGAGCAAGAAAAGGAUAAGGAGAGGAAGAUUCAUGAACGUGUGCCUGAGCCGAAUAGAGCCUGUGAGAUAAACCCAGGAAACCUUAAAAGCAACAGUAUUCCACACAAAAGCACAGAUCUAAAUGGAAUGUGCAACAGUACCAGUAUUCCUUCAUCAUCACCUGAGAAGGCAGACUAUUUAUUGAAAUACACAGUGAUUGGCUCUCCAGAGCAGCGUCAGAGGUAUAAAAACGAUUUCAACGCUGAGUACACUGAGUACCGGGGUCUGCAUGCUCGGAUAGAGAGCAUCACUCGGCAGUUCACUGUGCUCGACAAUGAGCUGAAACAGCUCCAGCAAGGCACAGACAAAUACAAGACAAUCCACAAUCAAAUACUUCAAGAGUAUCAUAAAAUAAAAAAGACUAAUCCCAACUAUAGUCAAGAGAAGAACCGCUGUGAAUAUCUACACAACAAACUGGCACAUAUAAAGAGACUUAUUGCCGAGUAUGAUCAACAGCUACUAUGAAAGUAGUUAGGAAUUAUUUCCCUGUUAUCUCUGGAAACCAAGAAGAUAAAGGAAAAUUCUGGAUUCCGCUUGCUCUAAAAAUGUUCUCUUGAAAGAUGCCAUGAAGAGAGUAUAAUCUUCACCGGGUCCAAAGGCUCUGGUGAGGAAUAAGCAGGACACAUUAUCUUUUUCUCUCUUUCCUUUUUCUUUUUCGGAAUAUGGGUCUUUGCCCGGUGUGGCCAGAUCCUUCUGUUUAGUUACAAUGCAUCCAAAACAAAAAAGAUUCUGUGUGGCUUUGUUUUUCUCAACAGCCAACCCUGCUUAUAGUGCACAGAGGUGUAAAAGAUUUAAAACCUGGAUACCUCCACACUCUGGGAGAUAUCCAAAUAAUCUUUCCUGCUUUUGAAACUGGACAGAAGGAGACGCAGAGAUGAAAUCCACAGAUUGUGCGCCAAAUGCAACAAAUUUGUUUUGAGUUACAAAAAAUUAAGUGAAUGAUGCAUCAGUUAAACGAAUGGUUGUGAUGUUGAAUUUAUUUCUGUUUUUCUUUUUAUUUAUUUUACACUUAACUGAGGAAUGAGUCUGCUUUACACUCCUCAAUAUCAGUACUUAAAAAGCCGUGUCUCUUGUUUUCUGUCCUCACUUCUUGAAUGUUAGCCAGUAUUUUAUUCAGAAGCUGCCUUGCCCAUCUAAUUGUCAAUCUGUUGGCGUUAAUGUUUUUCUCUUAAAGAGAGACAAAUAUUACUGUUGAUUAAAUCAAAGCAAUGCUUCUACAUGCACACAGUCAGACGCAGGUUUGUGCGCUUGGCGUUUCUUUUCUAAAUUACGUGCAGAUGUCUUAAAAUGGGGACGUGUGGAAGUUUCCAGUCACUGUCAGUGACUUGAGGCAGAGCUUUGAACACAGUCCCCUUCACUCAGUCAUGAUGAGCUGCAGUGCUUGUUCAUUGCUCACAACAGUUACAGCAGUGGUCCUUGGUUGUGGUUCAUCAUUUUGUGCAAGUAGAACCAUGAUUCGUAUUGAGCUCUUAAUUUGUUGUCUUUCUGGUUUAUUUCAUGGUGGCGUUUGUAGCAAUAUCAUCUUGAUUCCAUUAUCUGAAAAAUCCAUUCACACGAUUGUUCUGUGCAAUUCAGAAGAUCCUUUUAAUCGAUGCAGAUCUGCACGCUUCUCUUCAUUUUCAGAAUUUUCCAAUCUGUAUUUUGAGUUGAACCACAGAUUUGAUAUUCUGAGUAAUCAUUGUUUCAGUUAUGGUAAAGCAAUUUUGUGUACAGUGUCUUUUUCCCGCUCAUCAAACCCCACAAUAGUCCAUCGAGACGACUGUUAAAAUGAAGCCAUCCUUGAUCACUUUGAGUCUGGUGGACGUCCUGCUCUCUAUGACCUCUCAGAGAAGGAAUGCCCGCCAGUUUUGCCUUUCUAAAUGUGAUGUCAGACAUUCGCAAGGACAGCCUGCAAAUUAUUUAUUAAUCGGCACUCCUCUCUGAGAAGCGUCUGAUCCGCUCAGUGUUUUCCGAAGACACUUUAGAAAUGCUGUAUCAGAACUUAACCGGAUGACCGAACAAGCGGGGCGAGUUUAGUCAGCAAAUGCAUUUCUUAUAUCAACCUUUUUUUAUGUGAAUAUGAAAAUCAGCACUUUUCCUCUCAAUCUUGCUGUUACCUGGGUUUUGUCCUAAUGAGACUUUUCUCUUUGUCCAUCGGAGUGCAUGCUUUAUAAAAUGUGUUACAAUGAACAAUCCUUGUAUCUUUACUUGAAAAAAAAAACUGCCCAAGGAUAUCAAGAUCCAUGCAAAGGCCUAGUCCAACUGAAUUAUUAUGUGAUCCAUUAGACAUGGCUUUGACCAGCAUGUAUACCAAAGUGUCUACUUAGUCAAAUGAAACACAAAGCUCUACCAAAUGUUGGCAAAGGAACAUAUCACAGUAUUCUCAACUUACUUUGUGAAUUCUAGUAUUAUGGUUUCUUUUACAAUCCUUUCUUCAGAGGAGUCCAAGGAGGUUCCUUUUGCAUCAGAUGGGAUUUGUACGGCUGGGCUCAAGUGUUUCAUUGUAAUGUCAGGUUUCAGAUAUUUACCACUAGCAAAAAUGCAAACACUACAUUCAGGCAAGUGCUCCGAGACCCUUCAUAACAAUGACAAAUGCUGAGUCUUGACUGAGGUUGCAUCCGUGACGCUGGGAAAAAAAUGCCUCAGUCCAGGCAGAUGAGGGCAGAUUUGGGGAAGAACAGCAGGUACAGCAUGAAAAGGCAAACGCUUUGUUGCCAGAAUCAACACUCAACAUUGCCCAAUACUGCAACUUUCAACAAGAAAGGCAUGUUACACCAUCCUUACUGUAUAUUUUCUGGAAAAAUCGGAUGUGAUUUCUAUAUUACACCUCUACUAUGGUCUAGCUCUAUUGUGAAUGAGUUCCGCAGUAAAGACAUUUUGCUCUGAUGGAAAGCAAACUGUUUGAAAGUAACUAAAUGCCAGCACAGGAGUACUGUUGUAAGAGUUGAUUGUGCCAAAAUGACCUGUUGUAUAGGUUUGUUUUUUUUUUCCUUUUCUUUUUUCUGAAUAUAUACAUGCUGCUGUAUAAGCAAAGAGGGCUUUGGAGAAGAGUCAUGAAAUGUUGGCGCUAAAACCCAAAGCACGCUUUUUGAGAACCAUAAGGGACUGGGACUGAAAUUGAUCUUUGUUUCAAUAAAAAUCUUUAAAAUCCUUA